UUGUUGGUAUCGGACGGUUACAUUAGAAAAUAAUUUAAUAAUUUAAAUUAAAUCUUGUAUAUAAAACAAUAUUGCACUUGCUUGUGACUAAAGUAAUAUUACAAUGAAUUCAUUAAACGACAUAACAGACGAAGAAUUCGUUCCAUUUCUUGAAAGUUUGGGUGUAGAGACAUAUAAAAAAUCCUUUGAAUGGAUGCUGAAUGAUCCUGCUUUUGCCGAAGUUUUACGGUGGUUAUUCAAUAAUUUGGAUCAAAAUAAUGCUUUGAAUGCUCGUGAAGAAUACAGAUAUUUAGAAAUUGAGAAGCAUGGCCAGUUACUCACUCCGUCUGACCUGGAAGCCUCAAUCUCAUCAAUAUUACAGGAGUAUCCUGGUAUCUGUCUACCAGGUGAUGAGGAAGCCUUUGAAGAUGUCAAACUUGAUAUCAACAUGCAGAAAGACAGAGUAGGUUUGCUGAAGAAGCAUUACCAAGUUGUGGAAGAUCUGGUGAAACAGAAUGAACAAACGAGAGAACAGUUAAAUCUCGAAGUUACAAAACUCCAUGCGGCCCAACAGCAGGGGUCUGAAGACGAAUCCUCAGCGGCCGAGGAGUGUCUGCAGUUGGCUGAAGACGUAGAGUCCAUUACGGAAGGAGUGAUCGAUGUUAUUGCUGAUACGUUGGAGGUUUACACCAAUUGUCACGCAGACAAGGAUCUAUCAAAGAAGUUUUUCACAUUUGGCCCCUUUGAGGCUUACAGGCAAUCGCAGGCUCUGUUCAGAUCUCAUUUCGACUUGUAUGUCUCAAAGAAGUUUAACAAGAAGAAGAAAAACAAUGUUACGGAUGAGGAUUUGCGCACUGCUCUGAUUGAAGCUAAGAGUAUGGAGGAGAGAUUAACCGAAGCAGCUUUGGCGUAUGUCGAGUCCAAGGCGGAACUGACUGGCGAACAAGCGAAACUAGCCCUUGUGUCUAAUUACAAUAACGUCCAUCCCAGUCAAGUAACAGCCUGCACAUUGGAAGCCCAGAGUGCUCUAGAGUUAUUAGAACAAGAAGAAAUAAUCAUAGACAAUGAAGUGCAAGACGCCAUUAAAGCGCUUGUCGAUGGUAGGACGCGAUUAGCCAUAGACACGACGGCGAGGGCCGCUCUAGCGAUCAGAGAGCAAAUCAACACAGAGCUGUCACAUCUGCUGGACGCGACCCAACAAGCGUUGACGCUGGACCGGCUGUUAUACUGCGCGCUGCGGCACGAGCUGAGGACCCUGGAGGAGGUGGUCCAGUUCGCGGCCCAGCUCCGGCGACAUGUGCUGGAGGAAGCCGACGCGGUCGCUGCUAGGAUUGACUCUAUGAAUACUAUAUGUGGCGAGCAAGAGGCGUGCCAACUCAAGUUACAGUCAUCGGAUCCUCUCAUUGAAAUCUUAUGCAAGAUCCUAGGCCACUCCACUACAGAUGCUGUAGUUUUGAUCAAAAUCUAUGGAGACCUUAUAGCGAAUGUGGAAGAGUUGAAAGAUAAUAUUAAUGAAGCAUUCCUGAAGAAGGAACAGGCUUUGAAUGAAUUUGUAAAAUCAUCGUUCCCUCUCCGCGACUAUAUCUGGGACGGUUGCACUAAACAGCCGAACUGCCGCGACCGCACGGCGGCAGCACUGUCGCACUGCUUGCGGCAAGAAAUGGAGGGUGUGGAUAGAAAGGUGCUGGAUGCUAGCAGCUUGUUUACUUCGGUCAAGAAUGGCGACAAAAACUGUAUGAGAAAACUUUGGCAGUGGUUCUUAACGGACCCUAACAAACUCAUUUCUACAAUGAAGGGAGUCACCAGGAGUUACUCCUAAGCAUGUAUUUUUAAGAUAAGUUAUUUUACUAAUUCUUUUAUAACUUUAAACUUUAUGUUUAUCAAGAAAGGAUUAAAAAAUGGAGCUAUCUGGCAACACUGACGUCAAAACCUUUCAAGUGUUGUAAUUGGACCAUAAAAAAUGAAAAAAAAAAAUGUAAGAACAAAAUACUGUGCAUUUACUGUUAUAAUAUGUUUUUAUACAAAUAAAACAUACGUUUUGUUGUUUAUAAAA